AUGUCUACCUACACGAAAGAAGAAUCCGAAGACGAGGAUUGGGAUAAGGACACCGAAGAGAUCAAUUCGAUUGCCUCAGACGAACUGCACGAAACCCGCCCUAAUCGGUGGAAUGGUCCCCCCUCCACCUGGCUCACCUUCACUGCGCAGGAAAGAAAAGCCUACCAAGCGUUAGAGGGUUUGCGCAGGCGAGACUUGCCAGCGCAUCUCUACAACGCACAUGCCCUGAAAACACGAGUAAAAAGGCAGAAGACUGAACAGGUAAUCAACGAUCAAAGUGAAGAUGAGCAGGUCCCACGGCCCAGGGAGAAUGAGUGGGCUCCGAGCCACCGAUGGACGGCCUGGCCACUGAAGACUGGUGAGGUGGUUGAUGAUGAGCUCCUUCCCCGGACCGUAGACGAGCACGAGGAUUUCACGCUGCGUGGGGCCGUCCAGACUUUCCCAAGCAAGAACCUGGAGGAAGAAAUUUCAGCGACAAUUCUACGAUGUGCCAAGGAAAAGUUCCGAGGCAGAGGGUUCCCGGCAGAAGACGACGAGGAUGAACAGGCAGUGGGCGAAGGGCACGAUGGCGUUGUCGACUCGAUAGAAACGGGCGACAACGACCCUGAUCAUCACCACGCCGAAUCUAGUCAGUUGCUAUUUAGCCCGUCAUCACGGCGCAACGACGAGUCGUCCCGGUAUAGCGUACCACUCUCGAGCCCGGUCAAAGGCGAGCCUCUCUCUCAAGAUGAGAGCAGUAAGCAGAAUGGCUCCUCUUCGCAGGUUCUCAGCUCCUCACGUCAACGCCGUCCUCGUGCCCCCACGCCUACCUACGUUCCUGUCCCGUCAAUUGAUGACGACAGGUCCUACAAGCUACUUCGUCCCGCAACGCGACGCAUUCUCUCCAAGCUGGACGAAACCUUGACAAUCCUACACAACGCCCGUGUUGCUGGUCUCCGCGACCUCUCCGAGUCUUCUGCUAGUGACACCGAAGACAACGACAAUGAAGCCGAGACAGAAGGACCUUCCCGACAGCAGCAGCAGCAGCAGCAGCAGCAGCAGCAGCGCACGAGAAGAGGACGACGACGAGCUCGAUCCCCAUCCCCAUCCGCGGAUGAGUCCAAAUCAAAUCCGCGAUCAACCAGCAAGCGAGGGCGCAAACGAAAAAUACGCAUCCCUCUCGAGGGCGAAACGGAAGAGGAAAUGCUCGAUCGCAUCGCCCGCGAGACUCACAAGCGGAUACCCUCCUUGUCUCGAAAGAACCGGGCGGCUUCUUCUUUUCACACUACCGAUGACGACGAUGACGGUGACGAAACAGCCUCCGAGGCCGAUACCGAAGCCGAACCGCCCAAGUCGUACCAAAUGCCCUCCAAGAAGGCAACAACAAAACGUCACACCAAGGAUCGGAACAGAAGCCGAAGCCGAAGCCGAAGCAAAAAGACCGCCAGGAACGCGUCGCACGCUGGCCUCCGCGACUGGCGUGACGUGCUGGGCGCAGCUGCCCUGGCUGGGUUUCCUCAGAGCGUGAUUGCCCGCGCGACACAGAGGUGCACUAAUCUUUUCGGGGAGGAGAUGACGAUGCAUACCCUUUCUUCUUCUUCUUCUUCUUCCUCCAAGCGUACCCAGACCACAACGUACCGGCCCGGUGAUCCUGUUCCGGAAUCUUCGGACUCGGAGACGGACACGACCGAUAUCGAAUUGGAGCAGAGGAGGACGGUGAGUAGACAGCCGAGUCUUGUGAGGACGCUUUCUCCCGACGAGGAGGAAGAGGAAGAUGGAGAGGCAAUGGAGGGUGUCGAAGCUGCUGCUUCAGAAGCCGGAACAGAGCGCAGUGGAAGCGCAAGCCGGGCCUGGGGCAGGAGCAGGAGCAGGAGCAGAGCCAGAAGGGCUGGCACACCCGCACCCGGCGUCAGCGGCGGGCUCAGAGUGCGGAGACGUUCAGUCACGCCCGCGGCUGGAGGGGGUGUGUAUUUCUGUCCGUAUCCAGACUGCGAGAGAGCCAUUGAGGGCUUCGGGAGGAGAGCGAAUAUGCAUCGACACUUGAAGCUCGUUCAUGGACGGAGUCCACCUUCUUCUCCGGCGGGUUCUGUGGUUGGAGGAGCAGGGGAUGAUGAUCAAGACAGUAUGGAUGAGAUGGAGGAAGGUGUGCAUUUGGAUGGAUUUUUGCAGCCGAUUAAGGUGCGGAAGGGGUGGAGAGGAGGGGAUCUGAUGAAGAGGGAGAGGGAGGCGGGGAUAAGUUAUACUGGGAGGGGAAGGGGGAGAAAAAGGUUAGGUGGUGCUGGGUCGGAUGUGGAUAUGAAUCUUGGGGAUGAUGAGACGGGAGGACAUGAUGAUUGA